AUGUAUGCAGAGGAGGACGAGGAUGUAGACAGAGGAGGACGAGGAUGUAGACAGAGGGGCGAAACAACGAAUAGGACUGAGGAAAGAGCUUUCAGGCGGUCGGAGAAAGAAGAUGGGAGACUGCAGGAGCAUCCCUCCCCAGAGCCAUCCGUUGAUCUCUGUCCCCGCCUGUGUCACCUGGUGAAGGGGGAGAACGGCUACGGCUUCAACCUGCACAGCGACAAGAAGAAGGAGGGACAGUUUGUGCGCUCAGUGGACCCCGGAUCAGCUGCUGAGAGCGCGGACAUCAGACCUGGAGACAGAAUAGUGGAGGUGAACGGAAUGAACAUAUCCACCCUGAGACACUCAGAGGUGGUGGCACUCAUUAGAGAAGCAGGGGGGGAAGUGCGCUUCCUAGUGGUUGACCAGGAGACGUACGAUUUCUUCCAAAGAAUUAGAAUCACACCCACUGUCAGCCAUGUUAAAGAGGUCUAUCUGGAGGAAUCGGUCACAGAAAGCAGCCCACCCACCUCCUCUCCGACCACUGAACUCCCCGCCACAGGACCACCAAUAAUAAACGUCACACUGACAGACUCCCCGAUCACAAAAACGUCUCCAAAUCCCAGGACCAAUGGGAGUUUAGCAUCCCAUUCCUCCAGAAGUUCCACCACCCAAUCAGAGAUCAGCAGCUCGGACAUGAGCAUCCAGGUCCACGAAGAGGACGACAGGCGUGCUUCGGAUCCUUUCAUGGAGAGCGGCCUGCGUCUGAGUCCCACAGCUGCUGAGGCAAAAAAAAAGGCCCUCAACAAUCGCAACAAGAAGAGAGCACCUGCUAUGAACUGGAGUAAGAAACAAGAGAUUUUCAGUAGCUUCUGAUGCCCGAACACAAGGAGAGAAGAGAGAAGAUGAACUGCAUGGAGGAACAAUGUUGGGGUACUUAACUGUUCAAAUUGUAAUGAACUCCACCUUGAUCUUGAAAAGGCAGUGAAAGAAAGCGCAAUAUGAAAAAGAAAGAAAUAUUUUAGAGAUAUUGUGCUUAAAUAUUUGCUCUGUGUACAACUACAUAGUAAAAUAGCAUAUAGAAAUCUCUAGAUGUUUAUUUUACAGUAUAUUUCAGGAUAAAGCCAUGUUCUAUGAUUGUGUCGGAGAUCCUAUGAUACACUGCAUUAAACAUUAAUGAUAGGUAAACUCAUCACUAAUGUACCAGGUCAGAACACAGUGUUUCUCUUUAUUAAAUCCUAUUCAUAUCAUAGCCAUAGCAACUAAAACAGCCUCUGUGCACUCGGUCUGAGAUUUCUGUAGGUACGCUUUUCUGUUUAAAUCCUUUUUUGAAGUAAUGGUUUUGUGUCUUUUCAGUUUGGAAUGUGCAAAUUACAUCUGUGUCCCGGUGUAGUUAUUAUCAAGUUUAGUUUUUUCAAUUUGAUGUAGGAUAUCAAUUUCAAAUGUAAAUACAGAGGAAAUGGAAGAGGCUAUUUAUGAAAUGUAUGAUAUUGGAUCACCUCAGUGCUUAUCUUCAAUGUUCGAGUGAUUUCUGUAAAGGAAUAUAUUUAAAGACGGAUGGUUGACUAGAACUGUAGACCCUCUGAUCUGUCAUUGUAGCUUUUUGAGGAUUUUUCUCUCAAAUGUGCUUGUUUGAAUGUGAAAUUAACAUUCAGAAUAAAUGCAUAAAAGACAAAGUAAAACGUUGGUUAUCAAUAUGUAAAAUACGCUUUUAAAUUUGAGUAAAGAUAGUUUUAAGUUGGACACCUGAUAGACACUCCUUUCUCAUUCAUUUUCACAGACGGUUUGCAGUCAGAGA